AUGGAAUCACACGCCUCUCCCGAGACCGCAUCGGUGCCCUCUUCCGGGACUUCUCCCGUGGCUCCUCCCGUGACUUCUGCCAAGCGUUCAGCAGAGGAUCCUUCCGGAGGUCAAUCCAAGCGUGCCAGAACCGAGAACGACGAUGCAUCCCAAUCCCCUCCUCAACCGACUGCUUCAACUGAUAUGCAGACAACGCCACUUCCAGAGCUUGCGCCUCUGAAGAAAUUUGGCAUCAUUCAAUCAGAUAAACGAAUCACGACACUCUAUAACGCGCUCAUGACUGCGGGAUUGUUCCCAUCUAACCACGUCUUUACCUUCGAAAGCUUCAACAUCGCAGAGCUCUCUUACCAAGAUCCGCAGGGGCUUGUCUUGCCAAAUCUGAGACAACACUACAUCGAUGUGACAUCACGCAUUGACAGCAACGUGGACCCGCGUUCCUUUCCAAGCAUGGUGUUUGCAGGCAUUCCAGGCAUCGGCAAGACCCGCGCCAUGUACGAGUACUUCAAGUUCGCCUUCACGCGGCGGCAGGGCGCGGAGAUUUUCGUGCCGCUAUACGUGACCUACAACAGCUCAACGCAGUUCUCUCCGCUUGAUGUCGCACUCGGUGGUGCGCUGAGCAUCGCCUAUCGUGCGCUUCUUCGGUUUUUUGUUCGUGAGCCAGACUGGUCCGUCGACAAUGUGAACAAUCUUCGCCAAGUUAUCGGCGCUGUGACGCUUUCCGAGGUCCUUGCGAUCAUUGCACUUCACGCACAGAGGUACCCGCCUGAUUGCAGAGCACUGGGGGAAGCACCCGUUGUUGAUCCCGCAGCUGCUGCGAGCCAAGUCCCUCGUCGCCCAGUCAUGUUUGUGCUUGGUCUAGACGAGGUCCAGCAGUCUUUUGGUGUUCCUGACACUGUUUUACGGCCCUCGCCCAAUCCAUUCUUCCAGAAUGUCUUCAUUGCGUUAGCGUCGGCCGCGAUUCCUGAGCAGUCGUUCUACCAUUGCGCGUCGUUGUUUGCCGGACUCCUCUACAAGCCCUUCGCUGAAGUCGUCAUCAAGUCGUCAUUUGAAAGCACCAGAGUGUCACUGCCUCCUUUGUCGUUCGAGCAAUCGAGAUCAUGGCUGGCAGGCGCAGUGGCCCAAGCCCGUGAAACAACCUGGCCAGAGCUUUGGCCUGCUGAUUACAAUCCUGGGACCGAUGAAGGCGUUCUUCGACUGCUCAUCUAUGUUUCUGGGCACGCGAGGAGUCUGCAUGCUCUGUUUGACGCUCUCAAGCAAGUAUCCGUCACUUCGCGCGCCGGUCAACAAGCAGGCAUCUUGGCCACUGCACUCGACUCCAUUCGGAGCACAAUUCUGCAACCCCUACGCGACAGACUCCAAGAUUUACCGCUCGAAAACAUCGAAAAGCUGCUGUGGUGCGGCUUGCGAUCAAUGCCGAGUGUGCGUCUCGCAGCGCCGUUGAACUACAGCGUCACUCCUGAGGAGUUGGAACAGCUGUACAUCGGCUCGUUCGAAAACUCUGGUAAUUUGGUUCUCAUGUCUCUGCCUGUGGUGGACGCGUUACUCCUGCGCUUGGAAGCAAACUUCGUCGGGAACGGGCAGGCUCCUCACUGGUGUGAGAUUUUGCGCACUGUCCUCAAGUCCAGCUACGGCAAGAGCUCAAAGAGCUUUGAGACGGCCUGUGCUGCCGCCUACGCUCUUCGUCUUUGCACCUUCGCCAAGUACCGGCCUCCCUCGGGAGAAACGCGUCUCUCAGAUCUGCACGCCGGAGCUGCAUUUGCCACAGUGUCAAAACUCACCGACAUGAAAAUCAAGCUUCCUGCGCCAGAGUCGAUCAGAUUGGUGGAUUUCACGGGGAAAAACCAGGCGCUUCAGCGCGCGGACGCAAACGUUGGCCACAUUUGCUACGACCAGCUCCACACCGCGUGCGUGGACUUUUGGACGGUUCACGACACGCUCACCCAGGACCCGGGGAAGGGGAAGCAACCGGCAGGUACUGCGCCCAACCAAGUGAAGGUGGUUGAAGGGGCGGAUGCCAAGCUUUUUCGAUCCGCCAGCUUCACCACCUCCGUGCAGAGAAAGCACACAAAGAACGCAUUGAAAGUCUUGAAGACGCAAUGGCCGCCCAACACAGCAUUCGCGCACGGCUUUUUCGUUGACAGUGCCGUCUCGCAAGACUUGAAAAUUCGGCCACAUGUUUACGUCGUCUCCCUGGAGAACUAUCGCGAUUACUUCCCGGUGAUGCUUUGGCCGAUCUUCGGUGUACGGCUUGGCUCGCCUUCACUGAGCGAACGACCCGAUGCUGCUGCUGCUGCUGCUGCUGCUGCUGCUGCUGCUGCUGCUGAUGAUGAUGAUGAUGAUGAUGAUGAUGAUGAUGAUGAUGAUGAUGAUGAUGAUGAUGAUGAUGAUGAUGAUGAUGAUGAUGAUGAUGAUGAUGAUGAUGAUGAUGACUAA